AUGUCAGAAUGAAACCAAAAGGCAUAAAAGUAUGCUAAACCUUGUUUAUAACUAUGGUAAAAUGCAAUGCACAAAGAAAAAUUUCAUGCCAAACUUGAUGCCAAAUACAUGCCACAAAUUAUAAUCCAAAGAUAAUUUAGAUCCUACAAAACCAUUAUAUAACUAGAUACAAGAAAUAUGAAUAUAAAUUUAAAAAUUGAAUAUAAAAUUAACUUCUUGACUACAUAUACAAUCUCUAUACAUAUUCAUAACCAAAGAGUAAAUUUUAAUAGAAAUAGAAUGUCACGAAUAUAUACUUUACUCUUUGAUUUAAACAUUGCAUUUAAAUAUUUUAUUCCUUUGAUUUUAUGGAGUAUUUAAUCAAAGCUAUAUCUUUGCAUUGCGUUUUAAAACCUUAAGGAAGAAAUUGAAUGAUUACCUUUUAUUUAUCUUAAUAACUAUCAUUGAUUCGAAAAAACUGUAAAACAUUGGAGACUAGAAAAUAUUGUAAGUACCUAUUGACUAAUUUUAGUACAAAAUGGAUAUAAGUUAUUCAUACAAUAAAAUUAGAAAAAAUUACGGAAGGCAACCAAUGUUUUGCGAAUCACCCGUCCAACUGCUAGAUUCUAUUGAUCCUAACGUCGGUGAACAGAAAAAAUAUGGUCUCAGAAACCCAGUACAUCAGUUCGCUCAAGUUUCGAAGAAUAUGUCACAACACUAUAUUAAUACUAAAAGAGUUGUCUAUACCGAUGGUGGAGCAAACCACGGCGAAGGUGGUUGGCCUAAAGAUGUUAAUUUUUGGGAUGAAGAAAUGACUUCCCGGUAUAGACGCCGUGUUGAACGAGAUGAUGAUUAUGUGGACGCAGUUUUGAGUCUAUAUUCUGAUUUUGACCAUUUCGUCAAACAGAACAAUGCUAUAGAAAUGUAUGAGAUGUAUUUUGGACAAAUGAAACGAGAAAAACCAUUAGAAAAAUCUAUGAUACGAUUAACAAAUGUAUACAAAGAUCCGUUUAAGCGUCCAGUAUCUUCUAUUUCAUGGACUGCAGAAGAUGAUCCUAAAUUGAUUGUCGGUUACUGUAAUCGUAAGUAUCCUAUAUUAGGACCAGUUAAUAAUAAUUUCACUGGCUAUGUUUGGGAUUUGGAAAACCCUCAUUCUCCACUCUUAGAAAUUGACCCUCCAACAGCUUGCUGGCAGCUGGUUUGCUCUCCUGUAAGUCCUUCUAUAGUUGUAGGUGGACUAAAUGAUGGUAGAGUCUGCAUGUUUGAUAUUCGUGAAAAAAAAACUCCAAUGGCAAUAAGUCCAAUGCACCUAGCUCACAGAGACCCUGUCACAUCCGUGGUAUAUAUGCAGUCGCGCGCGAACACUGAGUUUUUUAGUGCUUCUACAGAUGGAAUGAUUAUGUGGUGGGAUAUAAGAGAUCUUAGUCAACCAACCGAUGCUUUAAUGAUGACUAUACGUGUUCCACCUGGUGAACCAGCAAGUCUUGCCUAUUCUGAAGGUGUAAGUGUACUCCAGUUUGAACGAACAAUUCCAACAAAGUUUUUAUGUGGAACCGAUACUGGUUUUGUUGUCAAUGUUAAUCGCAAAGGAAAAACUCCUAAUGAAACAAUGAGUGCUAUUUAUUCUGCACAGAGAGGCCCCGUUAAAGCUCUUCACCGGAGUCCAUGUAUUGUGAAAAUGUUUAUGACAUGUGGAGACUGGACUAUAAAUUUAUGGAGUGAUGAUGUACACACAUCACCAAUUAUAACAGGUUUUCCUCAACGUUACCAGCCAAAUGAUGUCGCUUGGGCACCUCUAAGACAUUCUAGUUUUAUGGCUGUUACUUCUAAUGGUAAUUUCCAAUAUUGGGAUAUAUUACGUAAAUAUCGCGAACCAAUAAUGGUUUUGCCAAUAACAACAGUUCCAUUACAAAAAGUCAAGCCUCACGAUGAAGGUCGACUAAUUGCAACAGGAGAUACAAAUGGUUCUAUAUAUGUGUUGUCACUAUCAGAUAACUUGGUUCAGCCAGCAGAUAGAGACAAGGGACUUUUAACAGCGAUGUAUGAUCGUGAAACAAAAAGAGAACACAUAUUGGAGACACGCAUCAAAGAGAUUCUUUUGAAACGAAAGGCAGAAGAAGAUGGUAUUACUGUAGUGGUUGAAGAGCGUAUUGAUGAAGACGCUCUAGCAAAAACUGCUGAAGAUGAAUACAGAAAAACAGUACAAGAGGAAAUACGUCGCACGGGUUAUUCUCCAGCUAGUAAAUCAGGCCCUGAUUCAAAAAUGAGAAGGCGAUAA